AUGAAAGUGGAUUUUUUUAUAUUGGAAAUAAAUGCAGUGAUUAAACAUUAGAAAUUUAAUGUUUUUGGAAUAAACGAAGAUCAACUGCAUAUUAUUGAGAUGGAAAUGCAUGUAAAAAUAGAAUUCGUGAAAAUUCACCAACAAUAUUAACAACUGUUGAGGAUUUUUUGCUGCCAAUUUCUUAAUAGAUAUUUUCAAAAAUUAUUCAUGAACCAAUUAGAUGUGACUGUUAAUGAUACUUUAACAAUUUAAGAGUUUUAAGAUUUAUCAUCUACAUUAACAAUUAGAGGAUCAUCUAAAGAUUUUCGAGUUUUAAGAAUUAAUUCCCAAUGUGUCUUUGGGUUGCACCCUCUACAUUAUGUGUUGAAAACUCUAGUGUAAUUGCUAGUACCCUGGGAAAAAGUAGUGCAUUGUCAGCAAGAAGAUUUAAAUUCAAAUUUUAUAAAACUUAUGUUCCUAAGAUGCAUAUCGAACAGAAACGAAGUUGAAUGCAUAACUAAGCUUUCUAGUUGUUUCGGAUUAAUUUAAUAAAAUUUUAAGGAGGAUCAAAAACAAGUGGGGAUUGUUUUUGGAAUGGUACUAGUUGUAUUGAUAGAACCUGUUCAAAUAUAAUAUAAACUUCACACAAUAACUGCAAUGGUAUAUUUGAUUAAUGCACAGUGA